AUGACAGCAGCAGAAUUACACAAAUAUCCCUGUGAUCUCAGACUGGAUCCACACACAGCACACACUCGACUCCUUCUGUCUGAGGAGAACAGGACAGUGACAUGUGUGUCUAAGAGUCAGCCGUAUCCUGAUCAUCCAGACAGAUUUGAUGAUGUUCUUCAGGUCCUGUGUAAAGAGAGUCUGUCUGGACGCUGUUACUGGGAGGCUGAAUGGAGCGGGACUGUUGGCAUAUCAGUGACAUAUAAAGGAAUCUGCGAGAAAGGACCGAUUGACUGUAUGUUUGGAUCCAAUGAUAAAUCCUGGAGUCUGAUCUACUAUAAUAACAGCUUAUCUGUCCGUCACAAUGAUAAGAGCACUGAUAUUCCUGACAUCUCUUUAUCCUCUAAUAGAGUAGGAGUGUAUGUGGAUGUGUCGACCGGCACUAUAUCCUUCUACAGCGUCUCUGACACACAGACACUCACACACAUACACACAUUCCGCAACAGAUUCACUCAACCCGUCUAUGCUGGAUUUAGGGUUCAUUAUAACUCUUCAGUGUCUCAGUGUGACAUCAUGGUUUAA